CAAACAAUUAUAAUAUUUCUGAGUCAAUGAAUGAGGUGGUAAAUGGGUUAUUGAUAAGAAAUUUUUAUAUCAUAGUCUGUCAGCUACAUGUGGUUUGUGUUUGUUGUUUUUCUAAUAGUUAGAAACCAGUGCCUGAGAGAAACCCCAAUUAAAACACCAUUAAAUUCAGCAGGAGAAGAGAAGCUAAUGACAGGUGUCAUUAGUCCUGAGAGGCGGUGCCGUUCAGUGGAACUGGAUCUCAACCAAGUACAUGUAGAGGACACGCCAAAAAGAAAAGGAACUAAAGUGUUUGGGAGCCUUGAAAGGGGGUUGGAUAAGGUUAUCACAGUGCUUACCAGGAACAAAAGGAAGGGCCCUGCCAAGGACGGGAUAAGAAAACGAAAGCUUCACUAUAAUGUGACUACAACCAAAUUAGUGAAUCCAGAUCAACUCCUGAAUGAAAUCAUGUCUGUUCUUCCAAAGAAGCACGUUGACUUUGUACAAAAGGGCUAUACACUGAAGUGUCAAACACAGUCAGAUUUUGGCAAAGUGACAAUGCAGUUUGAACUAGAAGUGUGCCAGCUUCAAAAACCCGAUGUGGUAGGCAUCAGGAGGCAGCGGCUUAAGGGUGAUGCCUGGGUUUACAAGAGAUUAGUGGAAGACAUCCUGUCUAGCUGCCAGGUGUGACUGAUGGGUGAUUUCCAUCCUGCUGGGGGAGUGUGGGUGUGACCCAGCCUACAUGGAGGCCAGGGUGAUGGUUUGAUUUUUAAAGUCCCUUGGAAUGACACAUUCUUUUCUAAAGAACUGUCUUAAAGACCAGUAUCUUGUUUUUAAGCAAAAGAUAUUGUUUUGUGGAUCAGUCUAAGACAAGCCCAUCUGUCAUUCUCUGUUUCUGUCUUUUUUAAUCACGUGGCUUUGUAUAUUAAUAACUGUUGACUUUCCUAUAUUCACUUCCAUAUGUGAUUGUAAGCUCUUAACUAUGCCUCCUUUUAAUGUGUAAUUUCUUUCUGAAAUAAAAGUGUUUAUGAAUGUAACAGGCGUCUCCUAUUCUUUGUAU